AAAACUUUUUAGACCCUGUGAAAAAAGAUGGGAAAGAAAAAAAGAUUAAAAAAAAAAGUGCUUCCAUCUUUAUUUGUUGCAUUGUAUGAUCAUAAUCCUGAAAAUAAUACAAGUACCGGCGAGCAACAGCCCUCUAUUACACCUGAGUUAUCAAAACAAUUAUCUUAUAAAAGAGGCGAAAUUUUAUCCAUGAUAAGUGAUGACUUGGACUACUGGAUACUUUGCAAAUCAACUGUAACUGGAAAGCAAGGUUAUGUACUGACUUCAUUACUUGCUCCAUUAACAGGUGCAGGGGCAAGUGUUCAUUAUACCAAAAAAGAAAAAAGAAAGAAAAAGAAAUGCAUGGUCUAUUUUCCAAAUUUUCCUAUAGAAAAACCAAAGCCGCCCUGUCCUGCUGAUAAAGCUAACAUAUUAUCUAAAAUAUUUUUUGGAUGGGUGACCAGACUAAUAGUUGAUGGAUUUAAAAGACCAUUAGAAGAUAGCGAUCUAUGGCAGUUGCAAGAAAGGAACACUGCACAAUAUCUUGGUUUGAAAUUUGAAAAAUACUGGAAACAGGAGAUGGAUAAGCAGAAAAAUAGUCCCAUAGUAGAAAAAAUUUUAAAGCAAAAAGAUGAAGAAAAGAAAGAGUUUCGUAAUCCUGAUUCACCAAAGUCUAUAAAGUUUCAUAAAUACAAGCCAUCUGUUUCAAAAGCAUUAUUUAAGACAUGUGGAAAACCUUAUUUAGUUGGAUCUUUCAUGAAAAUUUUAUAUGAUUGUACUUUAUUUGUGCAACCUUGGUUAUUAGGGAAAACCAUUGAAGUUAUUCAAAACAGAAAUAUUGAUAGCAAAUUAGGAUAUCUUUAUGCAUCUAUGUUAUUUGUAACAGGCUUAGUUGGUUCUAUCAUUUUACAGCAGUAUUUUCAUAUUUCGUUUGUAACAAGUAUACGAGUACGAUCGUCACUGUUAACAGCAGUUUACAAAAAGAUGUUUCGAUUAAAUAAUUUUGGUAGAGUUGACUUUACUGUUGGAGAAAUGGUUAACCUAAUGACAGUUGAUACACAAAAGUGCUAUGAUCUCCUAACAUAUCUUAAUGUUCUUUGGUCUGGUCCAUUUCAAAUUAUAGUUUCAUUUGUCUAUCUUUACUUAUUAAUGGGAUGGUCCAUUCUUGCAGGUUUUGGUGUGUUGCUUUUUUUUAUACCAAUAAGUAGUUGUUUUUCAACAUUUGAAAAGAAGUUCCAAGCAAAGCAAAUGGUUUUCAAAGAUCGUCGAUCAAAAUUUAUGAAUGAGAUACUUGCGGGGAUAAAUAUUUUAAAGUUAUACUCUUGGGAAGAUAGUUUUAUUGCAAAUAUACUGAGAAUAAGGAAUGGUGAACUUAAACUCAUCAAAAAAGCUAUGUUAUUGCAAGCAAAUCAUGGUUUUGCAUUAACACUUGCCCCUUUUUUGGUAUCAUUUUUAACUUUUUUAGUUUAUGUUAUGCUUGGUAACAAUUUAACUGCUGAGAAGGCUUUUGUAGCUAUAUCACUUUUUAAUAUAAUUAGAUUUCCGUUGUUUCUUUUACCUAUGGUCAUUGCAAAUAUUGCUCAGUUUAGAGUUUCAGCUAAAAGGUUAUCAAAAUUUCUAAAGAGUGAAGAGUUAGAACCAGUUUUAGAGUCAGAUGAUAUUAAUAGUAAAAAUGCUAUCGAAAUAUGCAAUGGAACAUUUAAAUGGAGUGACACAGGUGAUGCUAUUUUACAAAACAUUUCACUUAAAAUUCCUUGUGGUAGUUUAACAGCAAUUGUUGGCCAAGUUGGUUCCGGAAAGUCGUCGUUAGUUUCUGCAAUACUUGGUGAAAUUAAGAAAGUUAGUGGUGAAGUGCUUGUAAAAGAUAGCAUUUCUUAUGUCUCCCAACAACCAUGGAUUCAAAAUAGAAGCUUUCGUGACAAUAUUACUUUUGUGAGCGAUUAUGAAAGUAAUCGAUAUAAUAAAGUUGUUGAUGCUUGUGCAUUGAAACCUGAUAUUAACUCAUUACCAGGUGGGGAUCGAACUGAGAUUGGUGAGAAAGGAAUCAAUUUGAGUGGUGGUCAAAAACAGCGUAUCUCGAUUGCUAGAGCUGUUUACCAUAAUUCAGAAAUAUAUAUUAUGGAUGAUCCUUUGUCUGCAGUUGAUGCUCAUGUUGGAAAGCAUAUCUUUGAUCAGGUUAUUGGAAGUAAUGGACUAUUAAAUAAGAAGACCCGAAUAUUGGUUACGCAUAACCUUACAUAUUUACCUCUUGUUGAUCAAAUCAUUGUAUUGAGUGAUAAUAAAAUUUCUGAGUGUGGCAGUUAUGAAGAACUGAAAAAUAAUGCCGGUGCCUUUGCUGAGUUUUUAAAAACAUUCCAUCAUGAAGUUAAAAAUGAUGAAGAAACUUAUUCAAACGAAUUAGAAUAUGAAGGCAAUGAAGUCAAUGCUAUUGAAGGUUUAAAUGUUGAAAUUAUUGACAAUAAGAUUGAACCUGAACAUGCUCUAAGCUUCACUAAUCUUGCAUAUGCAUCAAACAGCUGCGUAUCAGUUUUUGAAGAUUUAAAAAAUGAUGAAACUGACAAAAAUGAUGAAAUUGACGAAAAUGAAUUGUACAAAAAAGAGGCUCAGCAAAUUCUUGCACGCCAUGAAAAAACUGUUUUGUUGAAAGGUUCAGAAGUUUUAAUUACGCAAGAAGUUUCUGAAACAGGAAAGGUAAAGCGUUCUGUUUAUUUGACCUAUUCCAAAUCAAUUAGCAUUUUGUUGACCAUCUUGUUUCUGUUUUUUGGUUUAAUGUCAGAAGGCUUUUCACUUUAUUCGCGUAUUUGGUUAGCUGAAUGGAGCUCUAAUCGAAAUGCUUCUAAUCAUCAACGAGAUUUAUAUCUUGGUAUUUAUGGAGCAUUAGGUGUUUCACAAGGUUUAUCAGCAAUGCUUCAAGCAGUAGUCCUAUGUUUUGGGGUUGUAAGAGCAUCAAAAGCCCUACAUAACAAUCUGCUGAAAAAUGUUUUAAGAUCUCCUAUGUCAUUUUUUGAAACCACCCCAAUGGGACGGAUUGUCAAUAGAUUUUCAAAAGACAUUAAUCUAAUUGAUGAAUCAAUUCCGAAGACAAUAAAAUCAUUUGUUUCAUGUUUUUUUACAUUAUGCGGUACAGUAUUUAUAAUUAGUUAUACCACUCCUAUUUUUCUGGCUGCUUUUGUACCUAUUGGUGUGGCCUACUUUUUUACUCAGCGUUUUUAUGUGGCAUCUUCACGGCAACUUCAACGUAUUGAGUCUGUAAGGCGAUCACCUAUCUACAAUCAUUUUUUUGAAAGUAUUAAUGGUGCAUCAACUAUACGUGCAUAUCGCUUAAAUGAUGAGUUUAUAUCAGAAAAUGAAUCUAAAAUUGAUUUUAGUCAAGAAGCCAGUUUUCCUAUGGUAUGUUCAAACAGAUGGUUAGCAAUGCGCUUGGAGACCUGUGGUCAUCUCAUAACUUUCUUUGCAGCUUUGUUUAGCAUUAUUCAACGAGGAAAUUUAUCUCCAGGAAUGGUUGGUUUAUCUAUAUCUUAUGCACUUCAGAUUACACAAACAUUAAAUUGGUUGGUUCGAAUGUCAAGUGAACUUGAAACUAAUAUUGUUUCUGUAGAGAGAGUAAAGGAAUACAUUGACCUUCCUAGUGAGGCAGCUGCAGUUAUUCAUGAUAGUCGACCUCAGAAUGAUUGGCCAAGUGCUGGUGCCAUCAUGUUUCAAAAUUUUUGUUUAAGAUAUCGUAAAGAUUUAGAUCUGGUUUUAAAGAAUAUAACAUUUAAUGUGGAGCCUUCAUCAAAAGUUGGUUUAGUUGGUCGAACUGGUGCUGGUAAGUCUUCAAUAGCAAAUGCUCUUUUCCGUAUUAUAGAACCUGCAUCAGGUAGCAUUCUAAUAGACAAUGUUGAUAUUUCAACCAUUGGUUUACAUGAUCUCAGAUCUAGAAUAACUAUUAUACCACAAGAUCCAGUGCUUUUUUCUGGGACAUUACGCUUUAAUAUUGAUCCAUUUAAUCAAUUCGAUGAUGCUGAAAUUUGGAGAGUUUUAGAGAUUUCAAAUUUAAAGUCACAUGUGUCAAGUUUAGAGGGCGGUCUUUUACAUGAGAUUCUUGAAGGAGGAGAAAACCUAAGUGUCGGUCAACGUCAGUUGGUGUGUCUUGCUCGUGCAGUGCUUAGAAAAAGUAAGAUUCUUGUUCUUGAUGAAGCUACAUCUUCUGUGGAUCUUGAGACAGAUGCAUUCAUUCAAGAAGUUAUUCGAAAAGAGUUCAAGUCUAGUACAGUAUUGUGCAUUGCUCAUCGAUUAAACACAAUUCUGGAUUAUGACAAAAUUAUUGUUCUCAGCCAUGGUGAAAUUAUUGAGUAUGAUUCUCCAAAAAUUUUAUUUCAACAGCAAGGUGAGUUUUACAAAAUGAUGAAAGAUGCUGGUUUGAGCGCAGAGUAAUUUUUUUCCACCUGAUAUAAAUUUUUAGUAAGCUACUUUUUUCUCCUUUUUUUUUUAUAUAUAUAUUAUUGUUUUGUGAGAAAAAAGGUUCUAAAAAGUUCGUAUUUUGUUUUGUUUGCGUUGACUUCUUUAUUUUUAAUCGUAAUACGAUAAUAAAAUGUGGUGUAACCAUGUGAUAAAAACCAUCACAUCUUUUAAAAAUUUUGAUAUUUUUUUUAGACAAUUUUUUGAAUAGAAUAUUUUUCAUAAAAUUUUUAAAAAUGUUUUGUGUCAAUAUUUCAACUGCAUUGGUUAGAGACCACCCCCUCAAACGCUUAUACGCACAAUUGGUAUUUGGAAUCAAUCAGCCUCAACCUCUCAAUCCUUUAACGGGGUUUCAUUAACUCUCUCUCUGUAAUUAAUAGUGCCGGGGGUGCUUUCCAUGGCCGUGGAAGUAAUAGACACUUUUUGUACUAUUUCAUACAUUUCAUGAUAUUUUAUUAUUUAUGACAUUAUGGAUGAGCUUUAUACCAUCUCGUAUUGUAAUGCGAUAAAUUUUAUUUUAUUACGAUAUAAGACUAUAAAGAUUUACUAUAUUACUAUGAAACUGUAUUAAAAUUUUAUAUUAUGGAAAAUAAAUUAUAUAAAGUAAUAUAUUAAAAUGAUAAUAUAUAUUAUUGUACAAUGUAAAAAUAGUAAAUUUUAAUAUAUCCCUAAUA